GCUUUACGACAGUAAUAACUAUGGCGGCGUUCGGUGUAAGAUUUGAAAGUGCUACGAGUAUCGAAGACCGAAAAGAACAGACCCGACUUGCCAGGGACAAUGUUUUACGCCAGGCUAAAAGUAAUUUCGAAAAAGAACAAAGGUGCAAAGAACUUAAGCAAUUGAGAGGUGAAGAUACGUGGAUGUUACCUGAUGUGAAUGAGCGAAUUGAACAGUUUUCACAGGAACACUCUGUGAGGAAAAAGAAGAAAAAGGAAAAGCAUUCAAAAAGAGUGAAGAAAGAGAAAAAAAAGAAGAGCAAGAAGCAGAAACGUGAAGAAAAGAGUGAAUCAACUGACAGUUCCUCAAGCUCUGAAGAGUGGGUUGAGGCUGUCCCCUCUCAGAUACCUGACAAAGAAAAGACCUGGAAAGUGAAAGACAGAAGUCUAGAAAAAGAAUGUGACAGCCAUGCUAUGCAGCGGGAUGAGUGGAUGACUGUUGAUUUUAUGUCUGUUAAAACUAUGUCUUCAUCAUCACUCAAAGCGGAAAAGGAAACUCUAAGGAAAAUAGAGCAGGAGAAAGCCCAAGCACUAGAGAAGUCCAAACUGCUAGAAAGAGAACUGAAUCCAUACUGGAAGGAUGGUGGGACAGGUCUCCCAUCAGAAAAUUGUAUACUGGCAGUUACUAAAGCUUCAGGAGUAGAGGAUGGUGGAUUAAGCUGGCUAAGAAAGUCUUAUCAAAGAAUGAAAGAGCAAGCUCAAAGAGAAAACAGAAAUUUUGUGGAUGUUGUAGCUGAAAAAUAUGGGUCAAUGGAAAUAUUUCAGUCAAAAUUAAAAAAAGCUGAAAAAAUUGCAUGCAAAAGAGAAGAUUAUGGACGGGAACGGUGGAGGAAGCCUGCACAUUCAGAUUGUACGCAGUGUAGUCAAGCAAGUAGCAUUUCAGACUUAAUGAAAUGUAAGAAGGACUCAAAGGACAGAGAUUUUGCUACAGAGGUUGCAAAGAGGAGCAUUGGUGACUGUGAGUUUAGUGGCCCUGACACAAGGAACAGAUCUGGAUCUAUAGAAACUUGUAUAAAAGAAUCUGCCCUAAGACAAAGGAAAAAAUCUUCUGGAAAUUUGAGACCUAAAUUCUUAAGACCCUCUGAUGAGGAUGAACUGUCACUUCACAACAAGAGGAGAAAUUUUGAACCAACUACUUCAUCUUCUACAUUAGUGGCUCAGACUUCUUUGCAUUGUGAUUUUCAAAAAUCCACAAAGAACAGUGAAGAAAAUUUGACUUCCUGGAGCCUGUGUGGUAGGCAAGGAGGAGACCGAAAGCAUUCAGAUCGAAAGCCAUUGGAAACCUGGAGCCACAGUGCUGAUCAGCACUCUCCAGGAGGCAGGAGAGAACAGUUACAGGCUGAGAGCUUGAGGGGUGACCCGCCAAGAAGAGGACAUCUGCAGAACUUAAAGGCAGCAUUUUCUGGUCCAGAGGCAGAGUCCACCUGUAUCUUGAACGUUGAUGAGAAGAACAAGUUGGGGGCCAAGAUUAUCAAGGCAGAGAUGAUGGGAAAUAUGGAAUUAGCUGAACAACUUAAAGCCCAACUUAAAGAGGCAAAUAAAUUUAAAGAAACCAUAGCACAGAUAUCAGCACAAAGAUCCAGAAUAAGGCAUGAAGAUGAAGAAGUGAUCCUUACCAGAACAGAUGAGUCUGGAAGAGUGUGGCCUGUGAACACCCCUGGAGGAACCCUGGAUUUGAAAGCAAAAAGAAGAAAGAGACAAGGCGUUUCAACCCAUGAGGAUAAAGAAAGGAUCCGAUACUUUCCUGAUGAUGAUCAUCUGAGUCUCAAGGAUUUAGUAAAAAAUGAGAAGAUGGGGACAGAUAUUGAUCAAAACAGACUUUUCAUGAGAAUGACAUCUAAGUUCAUGGGAAAACCAGAUGGAGACUAUUAUACUCUGGAUGACAUGUUUGUCUCCAAAGCAGCUGAAAAAGAGCAUCUUGGAGAAAGAGAAGACAGCCAGAGGAGGAAAGCGAUUGCCGAACACAAGAGUCUUACUGAACAAAUGGCCAAAUGUCUGUACUGUUUUGAUAGUUCUCAGUUUCCCAAGCAUCUUAUUGUUGCCAUUGGUGUGAAGGUUUAUUUAUGUUUACCCAAUUUCCAGUCUCUUACUGAGGGCCACUGCCUCAUAGUCCCUCUGCAGCAUCUUCAAGCAGCUACAAUGUUGGAUGAAGAUAUCUGGGAGGAGAUUCAGUUGUUUAGGAAAUCAUUGGUAAAGAUGUUUGAAGAAAAAGGAUUGGAUUGUAUCUUUUUGGAGACUAACAUGGGCAUGAAGAAGCAGUACCAUAUGGUUUAUGAGUGUAUCCCUCUCCCAAGGGAAAUGGGUGAUAUGGCGCCCAUCUAUUUUAAGAAAGCCAUAAUGGAAUCUGAUGAAGAAUGGUCCAUGAAUAAGAAGUUGAUUGACUUAUCUUCCAAAGAUAUUAGAAAGUCUGUGCCUAGAAGCUUGCCUUAUUUUGCCGUAGAAUUUGGCCUUCAGGGGGGAUUUGCCCACGUCAUUGAAGAUCAACACAAAUUUCCUCGUUACUUUGGAAAGGAAAUCAUUGGUGGUAUGCUGGAUCUAGAGCCCAGGCUGUGGAAGGGCAUCAGAGAAAGCUUUGAGGACCAGAGGAAGAAAGCACUGAAGUUUGCUCAGUGGUGGAAACCAUUUGAUGUCACCAAAAGUAAAAGCUGUUAAGUGUACCCUGCAUGUGUCAUUUCCUCUGCUGAGCCCAUUCAGUUUAUAUCUAUUAUAUUUACAAGCAACUUUGCCUUGGUCCCUAGGGAAAGCAGCAGGAGCUGGCUACUCUAGUCACUGACAUCCAUGCUAGGUCAAACUGUUUUCUUCCUCAUGGGAACUUAGUUUGAGUGAUAGUGGAAUAAGAGCAGAUGUAUCAGGAUUAUUGGCACAUGUUCCUUUCUGUAUCUAACUUCUAGCUGUUCCAGUUGUUUGCUUACCCUAGAGAAGGACUUGUCUCCAGAGGUCUAACAAGACUUCAGUGGAAAGUGGGUCUGCUUUCAGGUAGAGUCUGGUAGCUUCUUUUGUGCUUUUUAAAGAAAACUAGAUAUAUUCAGAACUAACAGGCUUAUUUUCAUAGUUUUAUUAAAGGGUUCUUUUUUUCCUUUUUUUAAAUAGUAGCAUAUAAUAUCAUCUUUGUUAAAGAAAAUUAUUAAAGAAUUAAAUAAUGAAAUAUACAUAAAUCAAACUGUGAUUUUAUUUCUGGACCUUAAAAUAAUUUGAAUUUUGGUAAUCUAAAAGUAAUUGUCUUAAACAGCACAAUUCUUAGUUGUUUGGGGUUUGUUUAAAGUUAAAUUCUGUAGCCAAAUCACUGUAUUUUUUAAUAUUGUCACAAAUGUCAAAUAAUAUAAAUAUUCAGGAAAUGUUCUUAAUAAAAGUGCUUAAGUUUUAUUGUUCUCAACAUCUGAUUUUGAGAAAACCUUGUGUUUAUAAAAUAUGUGUUGUAGUAAGUCUUUUUAAAACAUGUUUUCAAAAAAAUCAAGCUGUGAUAUUUUAUUUUAAAAUGUUAGUGCCUGGAUUAAGAGUGAAGUUAACUCUAGAGUUUCUCAUUAUGCAUUUAUUUUAAUGUCAAACUGUCACUUUUUCCGUGUAUGUUCCUUGUAUGUUAAAAGACAUCUGUUUUUGUUCCUUUUAAAUUUUACAAAUAAUGAUAAAGCUUACUGGUUUUAAUUUUCAGUACUUAAUACAUCAAAGUGUGUAUAUGUAUAUGUGUAUGUAUAGUGUAUUAUGCAUAAUAGUAUGAUUGUGUUUUCAAGCUAUUAGCUUUGUCUCGUUUUAAAUGAAUCUAAAAUUUUCAUUUUUGUAGUGAGUUAAAACAUUUGUUAAUAUAGUGCUGUUAUGUAGAUAGUUCAAGACAUAUGAAUACUCCUGCCUUAAAUUCUACUGUAUUUGUAGUAUGUGCAUUCCAAAUGAACUCUUCUUUUUGUCUUGGCUCCAUUUACUUCUUGAUGCACAGUCAAUUUCGCUAAACCUCAGUGGCUUGAAAUAAUUACUUAUCUUGUACCUUAUGGUUGGGAUUUUUAGUGAUUUGCCUUUUCCUUAUGAUGUCUAGGUCCUCGGCCAAAGUGGCUCAAACAUCUGGAGAUGAGUUGUUUGUUGAGGGCUUCUGUUCUUUAUAUUGCAAAUGAGGGCUCUGAAAUGUUCUAUGUUGCUUUGUCACUUACAUAUCUAUUGUCUGGAGUGGGGAACAACUGGGGAUCUUUUGGUAUCAUUUUCUCUAUACAUGAUACCUUCAGAAUAGUUGGAUUUCUUUUCUUUCUUAAAACUCUCCCAGAGAAACUAUUACACAGGAAAUCUUUAAGAAGUGGGAUGUGCCAGUCACCAAGACAGAGCCCAGAUAUAGAUACAACUUGACAUUUCUGUGUUAUGUUUGUCAAAUUUAGAGCCUACGUACAUUUAAGAAGAGGGGUAGGACCGAGCAUGGUAUUGCAAGUCUUUAAUCCCAACACUUGGGAGACAGGCAGGCAGAUCUCUGUGAGUUCAAAGCCAGCCUAGUCUAUCUAGUGACAGGUAGGACUACAGAGAGACUCAGUCUCAAAAAACCAAAACCAAACAAGCAAAACAACAAAAAAGGUGGUGAGUGUCAUAAUCUUGCCUUUGAUAGAAAAAAUGUGAAAUGUGUGGCCAUUUUUAUUUCACUUCCUCUUUAUCUACAAAUUUACUUUUCUUUCCUGUAAAACAGGUGUGUUCAAAUCUUCAUAAGGAAACCUCAUUGCAGUCGGGUUUUAGGUUUUGAAUUAUGCUUUAGGAUCUCACCUAAAGCAUGAUAGAGAUAAAAAGCUAUUGAGGUUUUUUUCCAUUCCAUCUGAAGACCUGUAUACUUAAUUACCUGCACUCUUCCCACACACAUAUGAUUUUAAAUCUACAGCACUGAGAGAAGUAUACAUUAAUUUAUAAGACACGGCCAUCAGACAGGAAGGAAGGCAAUCGGGAGAAAUGUUGUCAGUAGUGAGUUUGAAACUAAAUUGGGCAUGUUGUUUUUUAUGUUAGAGCCUCAAUCUGUUCUUGAGAAGACUCUAGCUCUUUCCUCUGUUCUUGGGUGCUCUUCAUAUACUUGAGUUGACUUUGGUUUUUUCGAGACAGGGUCUCACUGUAGUUUCUAGAGCCUGUCCUGGAACUAGCUCUUGUAGACCAGGCUGGCCUCGAACUCAGAGAUCCACCUGCUUCUGCCUCCCGAGUGCUGGGAUUAAAGGCAUGCGCCACCACCGCCCGGCCUGAGUUGACUUUUUUUGCAUAAGAAAUUGUUCAAGAAUUAUACGUGGAGGCAAAAUAGAAUGACCAUGUUGCCCUCCUGCCUAAAAUCACCAACAAACAACAUAAACCAUGAUUUUCAGGUAAAGAGAAUCAGAAUCAUGGAACAGAGUUUGGUGAUCACUGAGAGAUAGGAAGUAAGUGAGAAGGCUUGUCUAGGUCGUGUCCUGUCACUUUGAUAUGUCCAUAAGGUGGGGGAUCUAGGACGAGCCUGGUGUGUUUUUUAGCUUGUAUAUGAGGACGCUUUCUUUGGCUAAAGUUUAACCUACUUGAGAGUUAACAUUAUUAUGUUUUAUUUGCUAGAUUGUAAAAAUGUGUGCUUGUCUGGGGUUGGGGAGACAGAAUAUUAGCACAUAGUAUGGAAUAAUAGCUGUGGUGGUUUAGAAUUACUGCUUCAAGUCUGAGUGCUGAUCUAGUUUUGAGAAGCAUAGCUUAGAAGAGGUAAAGGUAUUAAACUGUUUUCAAGAAACUUAAUUGCAGUGUAGAACAAAACUUAAAAGUAAAAGAAAAAAAAUUCCAUUAGUCAGAACAUGCUGAGAUGCCCAGAGUCAAAAACAACAAAACAACAACAACAAAAACAGCCAUGCAAAGCACCAAAAUGGCAACUGCUUGGAUAAACAUGUUUUUCAUCUUAUAAGAUUACUAUAUGAGCAAAAAUAGUGAGAAAUUUAUCUAAUAAAAGUAAAAUCACCAAUAGUAGUGAAAAUGUGUAAAAAGAAGUUAAAGAAGUGUGCACUGUUGUAAGAGUUUUGCUCUUUUAUAGAAGUGUUAAUAACUUAAAUAUAGACUUUGGUAAGUUAAAAGUUCUUAAAUAUAAUUUCUAAAGAAGACCUUAAGAUUAAGAGAAAAAUAUAGUUGAAAGAGCCAAUAAAGAAGAUAAGGUAAAUAUAUCAGAAAGAAGAAUAGAGAGCAUAGUGUAAGUAGGACAGAUAAACAAAUAUAUUUAAACCUUCACAUACCAAUAAUAAAUUUCUGUUUUUGUGUAGCAAAUUUUCAUGAGGCUAGAUGCUUAACAGCAACAUGUAUUACAUGCUUUCAUAGCAUCUGUGACAGGAUAUCAGGCAAACUUAGUCAAGGUUGUGACAUUGCUAGAGAGGACAGUCUUUCUCUGGAGACUGCCCUCGGUAAAGAUCUACUUCCUCACUUAUGUGUUUUUUUUUUCUACAUUUGCAUCCUUUCAAACAGUAGGAUAGCUUCAUGUGUUUUCUGUGCUGUUAACUAUUUACUGUAUAUUGGCAUUAAACGUUCUUCACUUUA